AUUCUGGCUUUAAGUGGCUGUUUCUCUCCCUCUACUGUAAAGGAAGCCAAAUAUGUAAAUAAUGCUAAUGGCUUAUAGAUAUCUGAACUUAUUGAAACAAUGGUAAAUAAUUAUACCAAAUAUGGAUUUUUCCAUUGCCUCUGGUGAAUUCUUCGCUGAAAUACAUUGUCUUUCCAAGACUUUUCAGGAGCUUUAAGACUAUAAUAUGAAAAACCCUACACCAAAAUGUUAGUUUUAGUCAAGCAGAGAGUACUGUUACAACUUCCUUAAAUAUUAUUAUCAAUACAUUCUUAGCACAGCCUUAAGAGACAAAGAUAAUUGUCACCCAAACAAAUAUCUCACUCUGGUAGUACAAGUUUACUGAGCAUGAGCCUACUAUGUUUUCUAUGCACAUGUGUACAUAUCCCUUAAAUUAGACUGCUCUGUCUCUCCAAGUUGACUGUAGUAUUUUGUGUGUAUUGCUUAGAUUAUUCAAAUCUCCAGCAGUGUGGGUGGGGGAAGAGGAGGGUGUUGGGGAAAGGUAGCUCCUCAGUUGUUUCCUAAAACCUUCCCAGUCUGUGAAGAAGCUCAAAACUUAGGAUUUUUAUCUGGCAGCAUUUCAGUCCCUGGGAAUUUCAUUUGACUGCUGUUCCUUUACAGACUCUUCAUUACAGGGUUGUCUUCUGAUGGGGCUGUCCUCUAACCUCUGUGUUCAGUCUCAGUGAUGAGCUCAGCUACUUGGUGGUAUAGCCCAUUAAGUGUCUUGCCUGUGAAGAAAACUUUCAAAAUGGAUCCAGAAACAGUUACUGAAUAUUUGCUACUAUAUCUUGUUUCUGGAAGUUUCUAUGUACUUUUAACUAAAUUGAGUUUUUUUCUGUCCAUGCUCAGAGAAGUUGACUUCCUGGAAUUCUCUCUUUCUUUGACCCAAACAAAGUCCAGUGCUUUAGUGAUGCUAAUAGCUGUUGAUACAGAAGAAAAAUGCUACAAAACAUAUACAGGAAAAAUAUAAAGGGAAUAGUAAGCCAGCAUGAACUCCAGAGAUGGUGAGAGUAUUAAAGGUUUCAACUUAUACAGAAUAAUGAUACUGGAAAAUCUUUAAAGAAAUCUUUAAUUAAAAAAAUUGUGUAUAAAAAGAGUAUGAAAGCACCUGAAGAUGUUCACAGUAAUACUCUUUAUAAUAAUUGUGCAUUGUCAAGAAAUCUGACUUAUUCAGGAUGGAGUAAGACAAUUAAAUUAGCUGGAUAUACAAGCCUCUAAUAUGUCCUUACUACAGGUUAUCUUGCUUGUGCUAGAAAGCUUGUAGAAAUAUAGUUUAUGAGCGUUUAUAAUUUACAUACACUUUGUAGUUGAUUGUUCACCUAAUAUUAUAAUGGCACAGGUUAAAAUAGGGAGCAACAUUCUGCUUAGUAAUCUUUCCACUUACGCAUAUUUUUAUAAUGGUUUUAGGUAGAUACCGUAUAAGUUUUAUUUGUAAAAAUCAUAAAAGUGGAAGAAAUUUUUUAAAAAGUAACAGUCCUAGGGCAAAAAAGAUCUGUGUCAGAAUGUUUAAAAUAGCCUAUGUAGUUAUAUUUUUUUCUAAAAUAUUUGUUGGUUAACCUCAUAUAAUAAUGGAUGGCAUCACAUAAACCCUGUGCUUGAUAUUUUCUGAUAACCUGUGAUGGGGAAAAAGGAUUAGUCUAAAAGCACCACAGGUGUUGAUCUGACCGAGUGAUAUUUCAUUGCUGCAAGUUUACAUUAACAGACAAAAGAAGAGGCAGUUCUGAUUGUCUUGACAGUUUCCUGAUGCAGGUUCAGGGGAUUUUUGCUAGCCAAUGCAAAAUAAAGUGUUUAAUUAUUAGUGGAGAAAUGUAUAAAAAAUCAUUCUGUUGGGGGUCUCUGUGUUUUCAUAAUACGGUUAGUGAUAUUUAAGAUCUGUGGCUUGAAUUUCACAUGUGGUUCAGUUCUGAUCUGUUCAUGAUUCUGAAGUGGUCCUGUAAUCACAGACAGGGUGCUCCUUUUUGGCAUUGAUGCUUCCGUUAUCGCAGUACUUGGCAUAAUGUCACAGUUGACGAAUUAUCAGUCUGAGUUUAUUUAUGCCAGACAGAGAAGGCUGCUGUGCCCUGCAUAUACCAGUGCCUGGACCUGUCUGAAGCCAAUUUCAUUUAAAUUGAUGUAAAUAAGGAGUAACUCUGUUAGACCUGAGAUUAUUUUAUAUUUUUUUUAACUAAGUCAACCAGAUCUCCUGGACUCACUUUGAAAAAUAAGGGACUGGGAAGAGGUAGCCCUUAUGCGGAGUUACUGUUCUGCCUGUUACAGCAUCUGAAAUCACUAGCUUGAAGGCUGACAACUUACUUUGAAGCCUUCUUCAAUCUUUUCUGAAGCUUUUAAACUGAAAUUAAAUGAGUGGGUUGUGAGUUCACCCCCCACUACAAGGAGCUUUAGCCUUUCAUUUUGUUUUAACUUACUAAGCUUUUCUGUUUAGCACGUCUGUCUGACAGAGUUCUCUGCCUUUUAGUGGAACUGUUCCAAUCAAAACAAUUGCAUGUCUUUUUAAACUUUCCCGUUUUCUACGCAAUAGUGACUGUGUCAUUCUGAUUAAUUUAUGAAUUCUAGAGCCACGUUUUAAUUUGUCAGUCAGUGCUGCGCAUUUUCAGGUCUUGCUUUACAGCCAGCUUUGUGGUGAGUGCUUUCUGUAGCUUUAUGAAUAAUUCAGGGAAAAAGAACAAAGCAAGGCUUAUAGAAAUAUGGAAGAGGAAGAAAAAAAAAGGUUUACUGGAGAAGGAGUUCUUUGGGCUGCAGUUUCAGUGAGCUGUUCCAGUGACAGAGCAUAUAAUGACAGUGGUAAGCAAGUGAGGUCACUGUGAUGUCAGUGCUGUUGCUUGUAAUCCUGCACAAGCUUGCUAGUUUGGAACAGUUCAUGCUGAGCUCUGGGAGACGAACCGGAGAAUCGUGUAUGCAGAAGCUGAUCAUGGCUGUAACAGGAGAUGAAACAGCUGCCACUGGAGACAUGCCUGCUUACCAGAUUCGAACUCCCAGUACCACCUUACCCCAGGGAGUUGUAAUGGCAGCGUCACCAGGGUCUUUGCAUAGCCCUCAGCAACUGGCAGAAGAGGCAACACGCAAGAGAGAGCUGAGACUUAUGAAAAACAGGGAAGCUGCCAGAGAAUGUCGCAGAAAGAAGAAAGAAUAUGUCAAAUGUCUUGAAAAUCGUGUGGCUGUGCUUGAAAACCAAAACAAGACUCUCAUUGAGGAACUCAAGGCCCUCAAAGAUCUUUAUUGUCAUAAAGCAGAGUAAUUGUUUUUCAUUUGGACCUUGUUUAUUAUGAACUUUAAUCAAGGCAUGAGAGGAAGCAAUUCUACAGAUUGCCAUAUGAACUUGAGAAAGAGACACUUGAGGCCCUUGUGGAACCCAGUUUUGCUUAGUGUUUUCAGACUGAUGUGGGAGAUACUCCAAAAUUUGGAAUUCUAUCAUAGUCUCCAUACUCUGCUGAGCUUUCUAAUGGCAUGCAAAUGGCUUUUUUGUUUGCACUUUUUACUUCUGCUUUUUGCAGGGAAGCUGCUAAAGAAUGUCGCCGUCGGAAGAAAGAAUACAUAAAAUGUCUGGAGAGUCGCGUUGCAGUGCUAGAAGUUCAGAACAAGAAACUUAUAGAGGAGCUUGAAACCCUAAAAGACAUUUGCUCUUCCCAAACAGAUUAGUAAAAAUAUUUAUUAUACUGUGAACUGAGUAAAAUAUAUUCAGUUGCUUUAUAAGGCAAUACAUAGCCAACAUGAAUUAUGGCUUUCUCUUUGUGUCAUUUAUAUUCCAACUUCUAACAUUCCUGAAAUGCUUUCCUGCUUUUUGUCAAUUCAUAGCUCUCAUUUCAGGUUUUUCAUGCUCCUUCCUUCCAUCUCCCAAGGACUCAAAUGUUAAAAAAAGAAAAUAACAAAGUAAAGAAGUCGCAUAAUUUCUAAGAGCUGUUUCUUUGCCAUAUAUUUACAUACUGCUCUUUACAUGUUACUGAGUGUCCUGCAUUUACAAAAUAUUUUACAGUUGUUUUAGAUCAAUCAUAAAGAUAAUGCAUCCAGUAAUACAAGAAAAUCAAACAACCUAAGGUAUCUCAGGAAAGAGUUUAUAAAAGAACGUUAUGAUUACAUGUAUGUACUAGUCUACAGAUGAUUUUAUGGCAUAUUUUUAUAUUAGUUGCUUGUGGAAAAAACUAUUGUAUUGCUGUCACUGAGUGCCAUGGUUUAAGGUAGUUUUUAAUAGAACCAUGUUGUUUAACCUG